AUGGCCAGUAGUGCCCUAAAACAUGUCAGCGCACCGCAUACGCUCCAGCAAUCACAGACCAACGCGCUCUUGGCCUUGCUCAACCUCAACCAACCCAUCGACCCAACGAGUCCAACCUCACCAGGCGCAUCUAAAGGCGCAUCCUCAUUGAAACUCUCUACGCCUUCAGGGCCACCAGUGUGGAAGGUUCUCGUGUUGGAUCAGCAGACGAAAGACGUGCUCGCCACAGUCCUACGCGUACAGGACCUGAGGGAUAUCGGUGUAACUCUUCACGUGCAACUUCAUUCAUCUCGGCCACCAUUACCAGAUGUUCCUGCAGUGUACUUCGUUUCACCUACCCUCCCCAACAUACGCCGGAUAGCUGAAGACCUCGACAAGGCUCUGUACGAGUCUUAUCAUGUCAACUUCUCGGAACCACUCAGCAGGUCGCUUCUGGAAGAGCUUGCAGCCUCUGUGGCGAGAGACAAUACCGGAGAACUGAUACAAGAGAUUGUGGACCAAUAUCUGUCAUUUAUUGCUCCAUCUGCAUCUCUAUUUUCACUCCUACCACCGCCUGCACCACCUACAGACCAACUUAUGCCUUCUCAACCACUCUCGUCAUACCAAAUCCUCAACUCGCCAUCGUCAUCGGAACAAGAAAUAGAGGCUGAAAUUGAGCGGAUAGCACGGGGACUAUUUAGUGUCGUGGCCACUAUGGGCCAGGUCCCCAUUAUCCGUGCACCGAAGGGAAAUGCCGCUGAGAUGAUAGCCAAGAAAUUAGAAACUAAUAUUAGGGACGCAAUCCUUACUGCCUCUCGCGCUCAUGGGCCUUCUCUCUUCGCGCAAGACUCGACUGGGCUCUCGAACCUUUCCCGACCGCUCCUUCUCUUGCUCGACAGAAACACCGAUCUCGUACCCAUGAUGUCACAUGGAUGGACCUACCAAGCCCUCGUCUCCGACUGCCUCGAAAUGAAGCUCAACCGCGUAACCGUCCCGCAACCCACCAAGAAAUCCUACGACCUAGACUCCAAAGAUUUCUUCUGGUCCAAGAACGCCGCAAAUCCUUUCCCUCAGGUCGCAGAGGAUAUCGACACGGAACUGAACAGGUAUAAACAGGAUGCGGCGGAGAUCACGCGCUCGACAGGGGUGAGCGACGUGAACGACAUUUCUCAACUGGACCUCUCCACGAAUGCGGCGCAUUUGAAGACGGCGAUCACGCAGCUGCCCGAACUGACAGCGAGGAAGGCAACAUUGGAUACACAUAUGAAUAUUGCCACAGCCUUGUUGGAGGAGAUCAAGAGGCGAGGGUUGGAUGAGUUGUUCAGCACGGAGGAGGCGAUUAAUAAACAGACCGUCGCCACAGUGCUUGAAACCCUCCGGUCGUCAAAAACGGAGGGGCAGCCUACGCCAACCGACAAGCUCCGGCUCGUCCUGGUGUUCUACCUUUCUUCCCCGGACAACGCCAUUACGAAAGAAGAUAUCACGGAGCUGGAAAACGAACUCAAGAACGCUGGCGUAGACGUCUCUGCUUUCAGUUACGUUCGUCGAAUGAGGGAAAUCUCUCGUAUGAUCGUCCCGAGUGCUGCUGGUGGCACAGCGACGCCCGUGGUGGGCGGUGGUGUACAGAGUGGCGAGCUCUUCAAAGGUUUCAGUUCAUUGGGCAACAGGUUCACGGAACGCUUCAAAGACGGAGGCCUUGAGAACCUCAUCUCGGGCGUGAAGAACUUCCUCCCGACCAAUAAAUUAUUCACCGUCACCCGUCUCACCGAAGCCCUCAUGGAUUCCUCUGCGGCCUCCAACCAGUCCCUUCAAGAGACAGAUGACUUCAUCUUCUUGGACCCACGGGGUGCACGCUCAAACCCUACAAACUACGGGCCGCCGUCAGGUGCGACCGGUGGACCAGGAGGCACGCGUGGAAGGAGGAUGGCGUUCCAGGAUGGAGUUGUGUUCAUGGUUGGUGGAGCAGGGUACGUAGAAUAUGGAAAUCUGGAGGAGUGGGCAAGUAAGACGGGGAAGAGGAUUACGUAUGGAGGGACGGAGAUCUGGGAUCCGGAGGGGUUCGUGACUGUGUUGCAAGAGCUGGGCAAGACGCAGUCGUAGUGCGGGUGGCUGUUGAUUAUUGGUUGCGACUUUACUGUCGUGGGCUGGACUGGAUUAAUUCUUGUGAUAAUAUUGUCCUGGACACUGAUUGAUAUUAUUAUGGUCGGAUGGAGCAAACUGGAUCCGUCUGUUGUCUCAAGAAUGAACAUACAUCCGCCUGAUUAGUUGACGCGCGCCUCAACGAACGAAAGCAGCCAGUUUCUUCUUAGUACGACUGCUCAGUUC